AGAGAGAAAGAAAAAGAGAGAUAAUCAGUGAGUGGGAGGGGGGAAAGUGAAUGAGUAAGAAAGUCAGAGGAACGAAAGUGAAUAAGGUAGGGUGAAAGAGGAAGGGCAAGAGAGAGAGAGAGAGGGAGAGAGGGAGGGAGAGAAACAGACAGACCGCGGAAUGCUGUGAUGUCAUCAGACAAGUCUUGUACAGAAAGAAGCACACAGAAUCGUCUGGGCUCAAACUCCAGGACGAGGAGAGUCCAUUCUUGCUGUGGACUACCCUUCCUCUGCCCAUGACUGUACAUUUCCAGCUGACAGCCGGCGUGUGUGGAGGUCCAGUUUAGGGGGGCACAUGACCGUGGGUACGGAGCGGAGAUAGAGGGAGCUUUUGUCUGGGUCCGGAACCUCCCUCCCCCUCUCCCUCCCCCCCCCUCUCUCCCUUGCUCUCUUUCUUUACUUGACAAGUCAAAACUUCCUCCGAAGAACUUCUUCGUGAGAGGCGGUGGUAGAGGCCGUUAGGAGGAACUCGGAGGCCCCUGUGCUCACACACACACCCCCCACCGCACCGCACCGGACCCCCGGAAACCCUCAACAUGCUGCAGCAGAUCCUGAAGGACAUGUACAUCGACCCGGACGUGCUGGAGGCCCUGAACGAGGAGCAGAAGAAGACCCUGUUCCUGAAGAUGCGGCAGGAGCAAGUGAGGAGGUGGGAGGAGCGGGAGGAGAAGCAGGAGCGGGACGGAGGCCUGGGAGUCCGGCCCAAACCCAGGAGAGCCCAGUGUAAGAACGUCAGCUGGCUCCUAGGGCGAGACGGAGACGUACACGUCUGCGUCAUCGGAGAAGUGGACGAAUUCAAGGCCUCCAAACUGAUCUACUCUGGACUGGGGGAACGCAAAGGGUCGAGCGUUCACAAAAACACACGCUGCCAGGUGGAUGUUCUGAAGAGCAGUCUGGUGGAGCACCCAACCUCUGACCCUGUCAGAGAUGAGAGGGAGAAUCUGCCUCCUGCCACCCCGACCGGAAUACAGCUUAACCUCAGGGAAAACACUGAAGAAUUGAAGCCAGCUCCUCACUUGCCCCCUCUGCAGCCGAAGGAGGUGUCUGAGGCAGCUAAACCUGCGGCCAGCCUGAAGGGCCCCAGCCAUGGCAGCCGACCGCCAAUCAGCAGUAAGCCCUGCCUGCCCAACCACGCGCCACCAUCCGUCACCGCCAGGCUCCGCCCCCACGACUCCCCGGAGCAGCACAAUGACAAAGGUGUGGCGAGGGGUUUCCGGGUGGUGGUGGGUUCCCGGCGGGUGGGGUCAGAGGGGGCGGGGCUUGAUGGUGAUGGCGUUCAGGGCGUGGCUCGAGGACGCGUGGCUCAGCUCAUGAAGAACUUCAGCGCGCCUAGCAACAAGGCCCCGCCCCUCUCCAAACCCCCCAUCCCGGGAAAACCCGCGCACCUGCACGCGCGGGCCCCGCCCUCCGUCAGGUAAUGUCCAAGACAGGGGCGUAACCCCCACUCCCAUCGCUCCGCCCCCUUCCGCCCAUCGCUCCAUAUUCCCAACUGCCUCAGGACACCCGAAAUGGCGGGGUGGGGUUUGAGACUCAAUGUACUUCCCCUGUUAACUUAUUUAAUGUUCUUCAGUUAAUUGCUUCUGUUUUUUUUUUAAAUACUUAAAUAUGAAAAAGAAAAAAAAUUGCUUGUCUCAAAUUUGCUGUACCCACAUAUGUAAAUCUGCAUUGCAUUGUGUAUUUGGGUGUUUUAAGUACUGUACACUGUUCUCAGCGAGAUAACGUUUUUACAUCCAAAGGACUAAAUGAAUUAAAAUAUGCAUUUAAUCUUUCAUUGAUUACAUCUGGUUUCAUAUUCAUGAGGAUUUAUCCCAGGGAACAGUUUUGUGGCACAAAAUAGCGUUGAGACACCAUCUUGGCAUUCUGGUGAAAACUCGGAUACAGUUUGUUGAAGUUUUAUAGUAAACAAGGAUGUGGUCCGGCUAUAUCCAGAUAAAACCUGAGCUGUAUUGGGGUUAACCUAAUCUGUUUACAUCAAAAAGUAUCUAAACCACCCCUCCAUACGUCUAGAUUCUGGCUAGAUUCUGUCUAGACUCUGCUCACUGAGACGUCCAUGAGAACAGUAUUCUUUUUUGUAAUGAUUGCUAAGGUUAUGUGAUAUUUUCGCUCACCACAAACAUGAAGUUUAUGUUCCCCGGUCUUUGCUGUUUACAGUACUUUAGGACCCUGCUGUAAAAUCCAGCUAUGCAAGCUUGGCCAGCAUGACAUGACGCUGGUCUAGCUGGGUAUGAGCUGGUCAGCCAGCUAAUGCUGGUUGCUUGUCUGAGCUGGUAGCUGGUCAACCAGCUAUCAGCUGUUUCAUGCAGUAGCUGUUUUUUUUCUCAGCAGGAGAGUCAGUCUGGAAUAGGGCUACCCAACCAUGUUCUUGGCGAUUUACCAUCCUGUAGGUUUUCACUCCAACCCUAACAAAGUACACCUAAUUCACCAGCAAGAUAUCUCACUGAGCUGUUGAAUAUAGAAUCUGAUGCACCAAAUUAGGUUUGAACUUAAACCAAUAGGACGGUAGAUCUCAAGGAACAGGGUUGGACAGCUCUGCUCGGAAGGCUGUAUUUCUGUGUUUCCGUGUCGAACCAGGAACUGACAGUUAGUGUCCUGGAUGUGUUGUCGCUAUGCUAAGAAUGAAGGACUGUUUGAAACGUGUUGCUUUGUGACGCCUGAAAGAGCAUUCCGAGAUCUUCACAACCGGUUUCGCCCUCUGCUGCCAAAAAACGGGAACCCCAAACGGCGUUGUUUCUGAUGUGUGCAUCGAACGCCGGUCUGUUUACCUUCCUUCACGCUCGAGUGGGAGGAGACGGUCACACUCCGGGAGACGCCGUGGUUACCGACACGACACCGCCUGUGAAUGUUUAUAAAUGCGGUAAAAUAGCAACCGCACUACUGUGGUCUCUCGACACGACGGCUAGCUUUGUUGCUUAACCGAAACCAUUUUAAGUGGACAUACUUCCUCUGUGUAAGAGAAUUCAAAGUUCCUCUUGACAACAGCUUGGGCUGGCCGUGGUGACCCUUGGGGGCUGUUAGGGGGACUGCAGUAUUAGCAUAAAGACUUUAUACAGCCAUCCCAGCACUUUGAUGGCACCCCACUCCUGUCCGAGUCCUGAGUAGAACAAUGGCGGGAACCUCUGUACCUGUCCAAGCAGGUCUCUUCCUGUGACAGGUGAGCAGAUAAGAGUAAAUUACCUGUGAUACUCCAGACUUUAUUUGGUCUAUUUGCCUGCGGAACACUGGGCCAGUUUUGCUGAGGGAGAUUACGAACCCGAGGUGUUGGACCGAAAAAUUGUUCUGUUUGGAAAGGGAUGAAUUCACCUGUCCCCACAGGAGGUCAGGAGGCAAAGGGAAUACUUACCUGAAUAAACUUCCUGUUCCUGUCACAUGGCUGUAUGAGCUGCUGUAAUAUCCGGAUAUGCCAGCUUGACCAGCUUAAAAAUAUAACUGGUCAUAAGCUGGUCUAGCAGGGUAUGAGCUGGUCAACCAGCAUGACCAAGUUUGGUCAUAAAGCUGGUCUAGUUAGUGCUGGUAGCUUGUCUGAGCUGUUUCAACACAUAGCUUGAGCUAGUUAAACCAUGUAGAGCUGGGAGCUGGUCUGAACUGGUCAACCAGUUAAACCAUGUCAAGCUGUGAGCUGGUCUGAACAGGGCAACCAGCUACCAGCUGUUUCAAGACCUAGUUUGAGCUGUUUUUUCCUACAGGGAAGCUGACUCUUUGUGUCACAUGAGUCCUGUCUUUCAGGUCCUAGAGGUUCCGUCACUUGUUGAUUGGGUUCUCACUGAAAACAAUAACUCAGUUGUUUAGUGUUAAUGUUUUGUAUUGUACCUUUUCUUUGUUUAUUGUUUUUGUCAAAUAUUAGUAUGUGUUUUUUGGCACAUUGCUUGUUUUUCACAGUUAUACAGUGUGAUUGGAUUGCCCAUUCUUCACAAUUGUACAGCUUGCUUGGAGGGGAUCGGCUGCUUGUGGUUUUUUUUUGUACCGUGACAUCACAUUCCAGAGUGCUGUCAGUCCAAUAAAAGAACUUGACCCUCCAAA